CCGCGUGUCUUGCGGGGAUGUUGCGGGUCUCCAGAUGAGGCGUGAUGAGUCCCUCCUGUCACUUUAAGAAGCAGCAAUGCAGCAGCGGCUCUCGCCUCAUUUCGUCUCGGUGCUUCAUGGCUGCAGGAUGGACUCUCAUCAGCACCGCCAGCACCUCUUCUACCUGCUGCCGCCGGGGACCAUGAAGUCGGGCCGGAACCGAGGCUCUUCCGCGGUGCCGAACCGGUUCUGUUUCACCAGCACAGUUAUUACAGACUGGCUGUGAGGGCUCCUUGUGUCCCCUGUUAGCAACAGCACAGACGACCUCGGAUUUGCUUUUUCAUCCCAAAUGUCUCUCACUCCGAGUCGGAAGUCAUCCUCCAUUCAGCGCAGGCGCUCAGUUGGAACAAGUGGCGGCAGCAGGGGAUGUUCCCAUAGCGACACGUCCAGCACUUACACCUACCCCGGCCGGAUGAGGGGUUCUGAUGGCAGCCCCACAGCCCGGACCAAUCCCAGUACGCCCAGGCGCCAGACGAAGCACACGGCCUGCAUCAACAACCAUGGGAUCAAAGUCCCGGCGCCGGAGCAAUACCUGACCCCGCUGCAGCAGAAGGAGGUCUGCAUAAGACACCUGAGGGCCCGGCUGAGGGAGAACGUGGAGCGACUGCAGCACAGGGACUAUGAAAUAGAAGAGUUGAGAACCCAACUGAACAAGAUGCAGGAAGACUGGAUAAAGGAGGAGUGCCACCGCCUGGAGGCCCAGUUAGCUCUGAAGGAGGCCCGUAAGGAGAUCCAGCACCUGCAUGAAGUGGUGGAGUCGGUCAAAUCCAACAUCGGCGUCCAUGACCAAGACCCUCACGAUUGCAAGCCAUACUCAGGGCUGCAGGCAGUUCGGCCUGGAGGAAAGUCCAGGUCCUGUGGUUGUUCCCCCGCCAGCACCUUGACCCGCGGUUCCACCUUGACCCGCCGGAGCAGCGAGGCUCUGCAACUGGACCGCAAUGCUCCAGAACCAAGUGGGGCGCCUCGCUCCGUGGGACAAACCCACCUGCUGCUGGAGGCGGCGCUCCUGUCCGAGCAGCUGCCGCACCAGGCCCACCACCUCCGGCCCGGACCGGCCGUCUCCCGCUCGGCCACCUGUGAGCAUCUGUGCAGCGGCGGUUCCGUGCUGCCCACGUCCCACUCCUGCCACUCCCUCAGCAGCAGCUGCAGGUGCGGCGGACACGCCUACCUCCCGCAUCAUCACUUGUUCCUUCACUUACCUCAAGAAGAGCCGCCGCUUUCAGCAGCAGCAGCAGCACCAGCCGCCGUCCCGGUACCAGUCCUGGUCCCGGAGAAGAAACCGGAGGUCCGGUCUCAGGGCUGCAGCCCCACCAUGACCUGGCUGAGUGAGGAGAGCAGCGCCGAACAGCUGAGCGUCAUUUCCACAGGGAAACCAGAGAUCACCACUUCGGAUCCACGGUCAGUGUCAACAUCUUUACCUCUGCUGUCGCCUCCAGAUCUCCGUCCCACUGCUGCCGACAAACCUGAGGAUAUCAGAAAGGUGCUGGCAGGGCCCCACACCCACCAACCCAAGCGAGUAGAGCAACUUCCUGUUAGACAGGAAGCCACUGUACUGGAGUUUGACGAGGACGAAGCAAAUGGAAGUGAGGACAGGCGUCCCCCUGAGUUGUCGCACUGGAGCCGCUACUUCCUGGUAGACCUUCUGGCUCUGGCGAUGCCGGUGGUUCCCACCAUGGCGUGGCUGUGCCGGGGGGCGCCGCAGGAAGUCGUGCCCGCCUACCACAUCGGCUCCCUGCUGAGAGGCUGCUGUGCUGUGGCCCUCCACUCGCUUCGGCGGCAGGGCGCAGGCCGGGACAGGCCGACCGCUGACAUAAACGGGACAACUUCAGUCUGACUCUUCAAGCCCACUUUUAGAUUAACGGGGAUCUAUUUAUGCCAAAUUAACAUUUUUAUGCCUCCAUUUGGAUCUCAACUGCUUCUAAGAACAACCCAAGCAAUUAAAAAAAAGAACAUCAAGCUGUUUGACAAUAAGGCUACGUUCACAAUGCAGCCAAAAGUGACCCAGUUCCGAUUUUUUGUCAAAUCGGAUUUCUUGGCGUGGUCGUUCACACUUCCAAAUAAAUGCGACUUGUAUGUGAUCUCCAAACUGCAAACGACCAGAAAGUGUCCCGCAUGCACAGUAGAGGGCGCAAUAACGUCACACAGAGAGCGUGUGCAGUGUUUUGCCGACCGCCAUAAAGAAGUGCUCAGUGUUUGCGAAAGAAAACAUGGAUGCUAACGUUAGAGCAUAGCUUACGAUUUUGAAGUUGUUU